CACAAAACAGACACAAACAUUCACAUAACAGAAACAAACCUUCACCCUCAUCACCGUCACUUUCUUCUUCUUCUUCUUCUUCUUCUUCUUCUUCUUCUUCUUCUUCUUCUUCUUCUGUUCUUCUAAUCUACCGCACAAACAAGGUGCUGAAAACCUAGAAAAUGGUGAAGAUUUGUUGCAUUGGAGCCGGGUAUGUUGGAGGGCCAACAAUGGCGGUGAUUGCAUUGAAGUGCCCUAACGUUCAAGUAACCGUGGUGGACAUAGCAGAACCAAGAAUCAAUGCGUGGAACAGCGGAACCCUGCCGAUCUACGAGCCAGGGCUGGAUGAUGUGGUGAAGCAAUGCAGAGGGAAGAAUCUCUUCUUUAGCACGGAGGUGGAGAAGCACGUGGCGGAGGCUGACAUCAUCUUUGUUUCCGUCAACACGCCUACAAAGACUCAGGGCCUCGGCGCAGGCAAGGCGGCCGACUUAACUUACUGGGAGAGCGCUGCCAGGAUGAUCGCCGACGUCUCCAAGUCGGACAAGAUUGUGGUUGAGAAAUCAACUGUCCCUGUGAAGACUGCAGAGGCAAUUGAGAGAAUCUUGACACAUAACAAGAAAGGAAUCAAUUUCACAAUUCUAUCAAAUCCUGAGUUUCUUGCUGAGGGAACUGCAAUUCAAGAUCUGUUUAAUCCUGAUAGGGUGCUAAUUGGUGGAAGGGAGACACCUGAGGGGCAAAAAGCCAUAAAUGCCCUCAGAGAUGUGUAUGCUAAUUGGGUCCCUAAGGAGAGGAUCCUCUGCACUAAUCUCUGGUCUGCUGAAUUGUCAAAGCUUGCUGCUAAUGCUUUCCUUGCGCAGAGGAUUUCCUCUGUCAAUGCAAUGUCUGCAUUGUGUGAGUCAACUGGUGCUGAUGUUACGCAGGUUUCGCACUCCAUCGGGACGGAUUCUAGAAUCGGGCCCAAGUUCUUGAAUGCCAGUGUUGGAUUCGGUGGAUCAUGCUUCCAGAAGGACAUACUCAAUUUGGUCUACAUUUGUGAGUGCAAUGGUCUCCCUGAGGUUGCCAAUUACUGGAAGCAGGUGGUAAAGGUGAAUGACUACCAGAAGUCGCGGUUCGUGAACCGGGUGGUUUCGUCCAUGUUUAAUACAGUUUCAAGCAAGAAGAUCGCGAUCUUGGGAUUCGCCUUCAAGAAGGAUACAGGGGACACAAGGGAGACACCAGCUAUUGAUGUAUGCAAGGGACUCUUAGGGGACAAGGCCAGAUUGAGCAUAUUUGAUCCUCAAGUAACUGAAGAUCAGAUUUUGAAGGAUUUGUCUAUGAAGAAGUUUGAUAAGGACCACCCUUCACAUCUUCAACCUGCAAGCCCUACUUCAAUAAAACAAGUUUCUAUUGUUGGUGAUGCAUAUGAGGCAAUUAAGGACUCACAUGGUAUCUGCAUUCUAACUGAGUGGGAUGAGUUCAAAAAGCUUGAUUAUCAGAAGGUGUUUGAUUCAAUGCAGAAGCCAGCAUUUGUAUUUGAUGGAAGGAACAUUGUGGAUGCUGAUAAGCUCAGGAAAAUUGGCUUCAUUGUUUAUUGCAUUGGAAAGCCAUUAGAUCCAUGGCUCAAGGACAUGCCUGCUGUGGCAUAAUAUAUUAAAGAAUACAAAAUAAAAAGUUAUAUACAGAGGGAUACUUCUGAUUCAAGAUAAAAUGCAUCAUAUCCUGGUAUAUGUUGGAAUGUUCUCAUUCUUUUUUUACUUAACACUUUUUUAAAA